GUGUGACUGGACCCAGUGGCAGGUUGGUCCUGCGUUUAUAAAGGGCUCUCUGAGCGGUCAGCCCCUCUCUCCUUCACUCUGGACCGUGCAUUGGUCUUCAGCAGCGGCAUUCAACACCAACACCAACGCUAACACUGGAGGAGCUCGCCAGGCCUACGUGGAGCUGAAUGAACUGAUGGGUAUGCAGGGGCAGCCGGUGUGGCAGGAGACUGCCCGAUGGUCGGGCCACGAGGAGAGCUACGACCCCGAGGCGGGCGGCUGGGGCCAGUCCCACAUCUCCUACCUCACCUUCAAGAGCCUCGUCCAGCUGCGCCGUGCCCUCACUACCGGCGUGGUGGUGCUGGACAUGAAGGAGGGAGAGCUGGCGGGCAUCAUGGAGAAGCUGGUGGACGAGAUGGCCAACAAGAAGGCCAUCGAUCCCGGCAACAAAGAUGGCGUCCUAAACGUUCUCCUCCAGGACCGAAGCAGCCCUCCACAAGAGACACAACCUCUAACGGCGGAAAACGAGAUGAAGACUUACUCCGUGGCUGACAGGAGAGACACGUCUGAGAACAGGGAGGCAUCCAUGGUGCUUGUUGGUGCUCUGGACAUCCUGGAGCGCCCCCUGGUGGCGUUUGUACGUCUGCAGGAGGCGGUGGUGCUGGACGCGGCGCUGGAGGCUCCGGUGCCGGUGCGCUUCCUGUUCGUGCUGAUGGGACCCACCACGAGUGACAUCGACUUCCACGAGACCGGACGAGCCAUGGCAGCACUUAUGGCCGACAGAGUGUUUAACCAGACGGCGCUACAGGUGCAGAACGAGGGCGAGCUGACGGAGGCCGUGGCCGACUUCCUGGACUGCAGCAUCGUGAUCCCGCCCACGGAGAUCCAGAGCGAGGCCAUGCUGAGCUCUCUGAUUGGCUUCCAGAGGAAGCUCCUGCAGGACAGGCUCCACCUCUCCGACCCACAGGCCCGCCUCGAACGCCGGCGCUCCAGCAUCAGGAAAGUGUCCAUCGCGUCCUCCGUGCCGCCCGCCGAGGACCCGUUGGUGCGUACGGGCGUUCCGUUCGGCGGCAUGAUGCGGGACAUCAGGAGGCGUUACCAGCACUACAGGAGUGACAUCAUGGACGCCAUGAACGCACAGGUGCUGGCCGCUGUCAUCUUCAUCUACUUCGCCGCGCUGUCGCCCGCCAUCACCUUCGGAGGACUGCUGGCUGAUAAGGUGGAGAACAUGAUGGGCGUGCCGGAGCUGCUGAUCUCCACGUCGGUGCAGGGCAUCAUCUUCUGCCUGGUGGCCGCGCAGCCCGUCCUCGUCAUCGGCUUCUCUGGACCCCUGCUCGUCUUUGAGGAGGCCUUCUUCGCUUUCUGCAAGGCCCAAGAGAUUGAGUACAUUGUGGGCCGGGUCUGGGUUGGCCUCUGGUUGGUGGUGAUCGUCGUGGUGAUAGUUGCCGCGGAGGGCAGCUUCCUGGUCCGGUUCAUCUCCCGCUUCACGCAGGAGAUCUUCUCCAUCCUCAUCUCGCUCAUCUUCAUCUACGAGACCUUCGCCAAGCUGGGCCGGAUCUUCAAGGCCCACCCUCUCAUCCUGAACUACGACCACCUGAACGCGAACAUGUCGGACCCCUGGGAGGAGACCAAGGUCCAAGAGCAAGUCCGUGACAACGCCACGGGCAACAUCACCACGGUGACCAAGACCAUCAUGAAGGCGUACCCCAACACCGCCCUGCUCUCCAUGUGCCUGAUGCUCGGCUGCUUCUCCAUCGCCUACUACCUGCGCAUCUUCAAAAAUGGCACCUUCCUCCCAGGAAAGCUGCGUCGGCUGAUGGGAGACUUCGGAGUCCCCAUUGCCAUCUUCCUCAUGAUCAUGGUGGACAUCAACAUCGAGGACACCUACACACAGAAACUGGUGGUGCCCAAGGGCCUACAGGUGUCCAACCCAGAGAUGAGGGGCUGGCUGAUCAACCCCUUCGGAGAGCACAAGACCUUCCCCGUGUGGAUGAUGUUUGCCUGCGUGGUCCCUGCCCUCCUGGUCUUCAUCCUCAUCUUCCUCGAGUCCCAGAUCACUACUCUGAUCAUCAGCAAGCCAGAGAGGAAGAUGGCCAAGGGCUCAGGGUUCCACUUCGACCUGCUGCUCCUGGUCAGUAUGGGGGGUCUCAGCGCCAUUUUCGGGGUGCCCUGGCUGAGUGCGGCCACCGUGCGCUCGGUCACCCAUGCCAACGCCCUCACCGUCACCACCAAGGGCCCCAAGCCCGUCAUCGAGAAGGUUCUGGAACAACGGAUAAGUGGAGUGUUGGUGGCGUUGCUGGUUGGCCUGUCCAUCCUCAUGGAGCCGAUCCUGAAGACCAUCCCCAUGACGGCUCUCUUCGGGAUCUUCCUCUACAUGGGCAUCACCUCCCUGAGCGGGAUCCAGCUGUGGGAUCGGAUCCUGCUCCUGCUGGUGCCCAAGAAAUACCACCCCAACGAGCCGUACGCCACCAUGGUGAAGACGAACAGAAUGAACAUGUUCACCAUCAUCCAGCUCGUGUGCCUGGCCGUUCUGUGGAUCGUCAAGUCCAGUCCGGUCUCGUUGGCCUUGCCGUUCAUCCUCAUCCUGACCAUCCCGCUGCGCAUGUUCAUGACCGGCAGACUCUUCACCGAGCUCGAGAUGAAAUGCCUGGACGCAGACGAUGCCAAGGUGGUGCUGGAGGAGGAGCCUGGAGUGGACGUGUAUGCAGAGUCCCAGAUGCCCCUGUAGAUACCCCUACCUUCCUCUAGAUACCCCUAACUUCCUCUCAGAUGCCCCUUUACAGUAGAUACCCCAACUUCCUGUCAGAUGCCCCUUUCGAUACCCCUAACUUCCGGUCAGUCCCAGAUGCCCUGUAGAUACCCCUAACUUCCUCUCAGUCCCAGAUACGCCUUUAGAUACCCCUAACUUCCUGUCAGUCCCAGAUACGCCUUUAGAUACACCUAACUUCCUGUCAGUCCCAGAUACGCCUUUAGAUACCCCUAACCUGCUCCCUCAGUCCUAGACGCCCUGGGCGGUAAUUCCAAGUAGCCUACAUGGUUUAGUGACAAACCUGGGUAAGUUAACACAGAGUAAGUGGUAAAUCCUCUACAACAAGAGCCCAAUGAGAUUGUUUUGGUAGGAGAAUAAAGGCAUACAGCUCUUCUAUUAGGAGGUUUACCACUUACUCUGAGUCAACUUACCCAGGUUUGUCACUUAACCAUGUACUUGGAAUACCCCUGAGAGAUACCAUCUAACCUGCUCAGUCCUGGAUACCCUGAUGGAUGAGAUACCCCCUAUGCACCCUCUAUCAGUCCCAAAUACCCUGAUGGAUUCCCCUUAAAGGAAUAGUUCGGGAUUUUGGACAUAGGACCUCAUUUCCAACUUUGCCGAGGUGAUAUGGGUGGAGACAGUUUAACCCCUUCCUUCAGUUGCAGCGUUCCCCUUUGCUAACGCUGGUUCUGAGCUUACGCAUGUCAACGGUAACAUCCAAAACAGUCAUACUCACUCCACAGCAAUAGAAAUAAAACUAACCUUGCAACUCAAUGAUUUCUUACAUUUUGAGGGACUAGUUUCUCAAUAUCAAUCCGCCACUGCCAUACAGGGAACAAAGUAGGCUAUUGCAAUGCGAUGCAAGGUUAGUUUUAUUUCUAACAUUGUUCUAUCAACACAGGCAUGUGCAUCGAUAGUCUGACGUUAUAAUUUAUUUGUUUCGGGUGUUCUGUGGUGUGUUUUCAGUGGCAGGCUGGAUGUUACCGUUGACUUACGUUAUCUUGGCACCAGAUUAGCACGAGAUGAACGCUGCAACUCAAGGAAGGGCAGAAAUUCACUGAAAAUGGUCUCCACCGACCUAUAUCACCCCGACCCUGCCCCUACUCUCCCUUUAUGGGAGAUUAGAGAACAUCUCGCAUAGAGGACAUGUAUACCAAAGACUGAAAACAGCAACAACACCAACAAAAACAUGGAUAGCAUGGCGUCAUGCACUUACGUUCUGAAGAAACAAAGCCAAAAUUGUGCGGCCAUAUCGACAAAAGUCUGGCAGCAAGAGUUUUUACAUGUGUACUAAUCAGACACACGCUUUCCUUUUGUUUUUAAAAGUGCCCGCACUUUUGCCUGAGGGCAAGCUGUCCAUGUUUUUAGUCAUGAGAGUCCCAUUAGUGCAGAGUCCCAUCUGCCAUACUAGCCCAGCUAUUCACAGACCAACAGUGGGCUGCGCGCGUGACACCAGAACAGCCUUAAGUCAGUCCCAAGCACCUUGCUGCUGAUGUGCAACCUCUGCGAUGUGCAAGUCUCUCUAAGACUUUCAAAGGAACAUAUUUAUGUCAUAUUUAAUUGUGAAAAUGAAAAUAGCUGGAAAACUGUGCUGUACAGAUUUUCAGUGAGCUUUUAGUGUUUUGUCGUUUGAAAUGCAGUAAUGUGCAUUAAUUUAUAGUGAAAGUAUGUUCAAUUCUGAACAACUUCCUGUAUUUCCUCUGAAUGGAUUGCUAUGUGGAAUCCAAGACCUCAAUUAACUCUUUGGUUAUCCAUGGACAGAUCUGCUUGAAAUACCUUGAAACUAAGUGUUAUUCUUUCAUAGUGUACAGAUCGUGCCUUGGAACAGCCUGCCAAUACAGUAAUCUUUUACAUUGUUUUAUAUCUUUUACUGAUUUACCUAACCAUUAACGUACUGAUAAUCUUUUUACUUCCUGUUUCAUUUGACAUAUAUAAAUCAUCUUCUCUCUUUUCUCUUGAUUCACUCUUGUUGCCUUUUGCUCUUAUAUUUGUUUUGUUGUUUUUAAGUCUGAUGCCAUUGUAUACAAUGCAUAUUAUAUGCGUGCACAUAUCACAUUGUCAGUGCACUUUCAGUGGCACAUUUUUUAUUAUAAGUACAUCUCUGUGUGUUGAUUGAUUGAUUGAUUGAUUGGUGGCUGAAAGAGAUUUGUAAAAAUACCAGCUGGCCUUAAAAUAAAUCUAUCCCCUUUGUUUUGA